CAUUCUUUCUUCUAAAAGCAUAUCUGUGAAGCUGUCGGUAAGUUUAGCUUGAUUAUGACAUAUUUCACUCGUUCACUUACAGUUUAAUUUUCGUAGUGCUCGCAAUAGCAGUUAAAUAAUAAUAAUAAAAAAAAAAAAAAUUAUUUAUAUUUCACAAGUGAAAAUUAGUAUUUACAGAUAGAACUGAAAUUUGAUCGAAAUUGUCAAGGUGAAAGAAAAUAUGAACCUGAUAUUUAUAGUUCAGUUUUUUUUAUUAAUCAUAAAUCAAGGGCUCUGUAGAACGAGUGGUCAAUGGGUUUGCAUAGAGGAAAGACUUUGCAUUGCUGAGGAAAGUGCUUCAUUUUGCCCUAAUAAAACGUUUGAAAGUCAACAAGAUUGUCGGUUAUCGUGUGGCAAAUAUGGAGCCAUUUGGCCAAUGCCAACUGGUAAUUGCGAACUUGGAAACGAUCGCGUGCAUUUCAGUCCUAAGAAUGUCAAAAUUAUUCUAAUGACUAAUAGUUCAACGAUUGAAGACUUCUUAUAUACAACAACUCGUUUGUUUGAUCGCAAUAUCGCCAAAGAGUGCAUGCAAAAUUGUAACUUGGAGAAAAGUGCCGAAGUGAUAAUAUACGCAGCCGUAAACUCUACAAGCUUGACAUUAGGUUGGGAUACCAAUGAAGCGUACUCUCUACGCGUGAACACAACAGGAAAUGUUAGCCGUAUUGAAAUUAAAGCCGCAACGGUUUAUGGUGCCAGGCAUGCUUUCGAGACACUGACCAGUUUAGUAACGAGUAGCAAGUUGAAUGGAUUAUUAUUAGUCAACUCGGCUUACAUAGAUGAUAGUCCUACGUAUGGCCAUAGAGGUUUAUUACUGGACACGGCGAGAAAUUUUAUUCCCUUGCGCCUAAUACAUAAUACAAUCGAUGCAAUGGCCGCCUCGAAGCUUAAUGUUUUCCAUUGGCAUGUAGUAGAUACGCAUAGUUUUCCACUUGAAAUUAGUAGAAUUCGGCAAAUGUCUGAGCACGGCGCUUAUUCCGCAUCGAAUACGUAUCGACGAAAUGAUACAAUUGAUUUGAUUAAGUACGCCCGGGCGAGAGGGGUGCGAGUAAUUAUCGAGAUCGAAGGUCCAUCGCAUGUUGGUAAAGGUUGGCGGUGGGCUUCAAAGGCUGGCUUAGGUCAUGUAAUAAUUUGUACGAAUCGAGAAGACUGCCAUAAUCCUCCUUGCGGUCAAUUGAAUCCAUUUAACCAAAAUGUGUACAUGUUAACAAGAGCGAUCUAUGAAGAUAUAGCGGAGAUAAAUGCACCGGAAGAAACUUUGCAUAUGGGAGGUGAUGAAGUUUUAAUGCCCUGUUGGAACAAAUCUAAAGAAAUACGAAAAAUUAUAACGGGAGGUGGAUUAGAACUAAGCCUUCAAACCUUUCACAGUCUUUGGUCUGUAUAUCACAAAACGAACCUAAAGUCAUGGAAUGAAGUAAAGCGACGAAUAUUUCCGAAAAUUGAAGAAGUUAAACCUGUUAUUAUUUGGUCCAGUGCUUUAACCGAAUCCGAAGCAGUUGAACAUUAUUUACCUAAAGAACAAUUUAUUGUGCAAACACGCGUUGAUGCAAAUUCCACUUUAAAUACAUUGCUCGCGAACAAAGGGUACAAAGUUAUAGUUUCCAGUAGUAAUGUCUGGUAUUUUGGUCAUGGUUCUGGUGAAAGCUCUGUAUAUCACAAUUGGAACAAAAUCUACGAUAAUAGAAUUGAAACGCAUCCGAAUAUAUUAGGGGGAGAGGCAUGUAUGAUGAGUGAUACAGCUGAUCGAUUUGCUAUAGAAAGCCGCAUAUGGCCACGAGCUGGCGCUGCUGCUGAACGUUUAUGGUCUAACCCAAGCAGCACUUCUCAACAAGCUAAGUAUCGUUUCUACCGUUUUAGGCAACGGUUAAUCUCAAGGGAAUUGCGUCCGGAUGCUGUUGCACCAAAGUAUUGUGUCUUACAUGAAAAUCAGUGUCAAUAG